AUGUUAGUUGCAGAGAAAGAAAAUGAGACAAGCAUCACAGAAUUUAUAUUCUUAGGUUUGGGAAAUCCUAAUGGAUUACAGCCUUUUCUUUUCAUGCUUUUCUUGGUGAUUUAUCUUGUGACAGUAACUGGGAAUCUUCUCAUCAUUGUGUUAGUUGUAGCUGACCAACACCUUCACAGCCCCAUGUACUUCUUCCUGGGAAAUUUGUCUUGCCUUGAAACCUGCUAUUCCUCAACUAUUUUGCCAAAAAUGCUGACCACUUUGUUUACUGGAGACAGAACAAUAACUGUAAAUUGUUGCCUAACCCAAUAUUUUUUCUUUGGCUGUUGCAUAGCUAUAGAAACAUUUCUCCUGGCAGCAAUGUCUUACGACCGCUACUUGGCAAUAUGCAGACCUUUAUUUUAUGCUUCUAUUAUGAACAGGAAGUUUUGUUUCCAGCUUAUGGCUGGGGCAUGGAUAAAUGGUUUGAUAGUUAAUAGCAUUGUUGUGUUUCUGCUAGCCCAACUUUCUUUCUGUGGAUCCAAUAUAAUAGAUCACUACAUUUGUGACUUAACUCCAUUGGAAAAACUGACUUGCAGGGACCCAACACUAUUCAAACUCAUUGUUCUUCUCUUGUCCUUCAUUUUUACCAUCCCUCCAUUUUUACUGACCUUCAGUUCUUACAUUUGCAUCAUUGGCAGCAUCAUAACAAUUCAAUCUACCAUUGGUAGGCAAAAAGCUUUUUCAACCUGCUCCUCUCAUCUCAUGGUAGUUUGUCUUUUUUAUGGCACAUUAAUCAUUGUCUAUAUGUUCCGAGAUAUCCCCACUAUGAAACAUCUCAGUAAAAUUUUCUCUAUUUUUUACACAAUCCUAACUCCUCUAGCCAAUCCGCUCAUCUAUACUUUAAGAAAUAAAGAAGUUCAUAAAUCCUUAAAACAAAUUCUUAUCAAAUGUUCACUUGCUUUAAGAAAAUAUCCAUAG